AUGGUGAAAGAAACCACUUACUAUGAUGUUUUGGGGGUCAUACCCAAUGCCACCCAGGAGGAAUUGAAAAAAGCUUACAGGAAACUGGCCUUGAAGUACCACCCUGAUAAGAAUCCAAAUGAAGGAGAGAAGUUUAAACAGAUUUCUCAAGCUUAUGGAGUGCUCUCUGAUGCAAAGAAAAGGGAAUUAUAUGACAAAGGAGGAGAACAGGCAAUUAAAGAAGGUGGAGCUGGUGGUGGUUUUGGCUCCCCCAUGGACAUCUUUGAUAUGUUUUCUGGAGGAGGAAGGAUGCAGAGAGAAUGGAGAGGUCAGAUUGUCAAGCAUGGGGAUAUCAAGUGUGUGCUAAAGGAAGGCAUGCCAAUUUAUCGUAGACCACAUGAGAAGGGUUGCCUAAUCAUCGAAUUUAAGGUUAACUUCCCUGAGAAUGGCUUUCUGUCUCCUGAUAAACUUUCUUUGCUGGAAAAACUCCUACCUGAGAGGAAGGAAGUAGAAGAGACUGAUGAAAUGGACCAGGUAGAACUGGUGGACUUUGAUCCCAAUCAGGAAAGACGGCGCCAUUACAAUGGGGAAGCAUAUGAGGAUGAUGAACAUCAUCCUAGGGGUGGUGUUCAGUGUCAGACCUCUUAAUGGGGCCAGUGAAUAACACUGCUGCUGGCAUUUUAUAUGCAGUAGUGAAUGAGUGAAGGACUAUAAUCAUAGCUCACUACUUGCUAUUGUUUUUGUUUUAAUAUUCAACUAUAGUAGUGUUUUAAAAGUUAAAUGAAGAAUAAACUCAAAUAUAAAAGCUCAAAAA